UUUGGGAUCCUAUCAGCUGCUGACUUGGGAACAGUAUAGACCGGAUCAUUGGAGCACUUUGUACAACAGCAGCUACCAGACACUGUCUCCUCCUGCCUACCACGUCGACACAGAUAAAGGCUUCAACUACUCUGCAGCUGACGAGGCCUUCGUCUGCCAGAAGAAGAACCACUUCCAGGUCACCGUUCACAUCGGCAUGGCCGCAGAGCCGCAAUAUGUGAGAACGCUCAGCGGGCCGCAGCAGGUCGACCACUUCCAGAUAAAAGUGUUUGGGAUUAAGCUGGAGUCUCCGAGUCACCAGGUGACCAUUGAGCAGUCUCAGCCCGACCGCAGCAAGAAGCCCUUCAACCCUGUCAGGGUCAGCCUGCCCAGCGGCAAAAUCACCAAGGUAACGCUCGGCCGGCUGCACUUCAGCGAGACGACGUCCAACAACAUGAGGAAGAAAGGCAAACCCAACCCUGACCAGAGAUAUUUUCAGAUGGUGGUCGGUUUGUACGCUGCAGUGGGAGGAGACGAGAAGUUCCUCCUCACAGCUCUGGUGUCGGAGAGGAUCAUCGUCAGG